AUGAAACUGGAUAUUGAUGUCGUUCUGAACGAUACUCCGCAAAAUUUUUCAUUGGACUUCCGAGAUCUCUCAACAUCAAUGUACUUGACAGAUACAUAUGGUAACAAAACUUUUGAACAAAACGAGACAACAAACGAUUUCGUCUAUACAAAUCAGUUCGAUGAUGUACCUUUUAUCGUCUUUCUGGUGUUUCUCAAGUGCAUUAUCAUGUUAUUUAUUAUUUUGGCAGCAAUUUUCGGUAAUUUGCUUGUUAUUGUCAGCGUGAUGAGGCAUAGAAAACUGAGAGUUAUAACCAACUACUUCGUCGUGUCGCUAGCGUUAGCAGAUAUGUUGGUAGCGAUAUGGGCCAUGUGUUUCAACUUCAGCGUCGAAAUAACAAAUGGACAAUGGCUUUUCGGAUAUUUCAUGUGCGAUGUCUGGAACUCCUUGGACGUAUAUUUUUCUUCUGCCUCAAUUUUACAUUUGUGUUGCAUUAGUGUUGAUAGAUACUACGCUAUUGUCCAGCCUUUGGACUAUCCGCUUAUAAUGACAACAAGCAAGCUUGGAAUUAUGCUAGCUGUAGUAUGGUGUAGCCCCGCAUUGGUUUCAUUUCUUCCAAUUUUUAUGGGUUGGUACACCACAUACGAGCAUCUGGACUUUAGAAAAAGACAUCCAAAAGUGUGCAGUUUUACUGUGAACAGAGUGUAUGCAGUUAUAUCCAGCAGUGUUAGUUUUUGGAUUCCAGGCGUUAUAAUGCUAUACAUGUAUUAUCGCAUCUACGUGGAAGCAGACCGUCAAGAGAGGAUGUUGUACAGGAGUAAAGUGGCUGCCCUGCUGUUGGACAAGCAUCUUCAGAUCAACGGGAUCUCAGUUGGUGAGGUGAUGAGAGAACGUCAGAGUAUUCAGAUGCAGCCGAUGGCGAGCAGCAAAAUGAAGAGAGAGAGGAAAGCCGCAAGGACCUUAGGAAUCAUCAUGAGCGCCUUCUUAGCUUGUUGGCUGCCAUUCUUUUUAUGGUAUAUAAUAACAGCUCUAUGUGGGGAGUCCUGCCCCUCUCCACCGCCUGUAGUGGCGGCCGUGUUCUGGUUUGGCUACUUCAAUUCAGCUCUAAAUCCACUCAUAUACGCAUACUUCAACCGGGAUUUCAGAGCAGCCUUUAGAAAAACGUUGGAUUCAUGCUGCAGGUCUCUUUGCGGUAGUUUCGGACGCCGUUACUGUCACCAGCAUCGUCGUGAUCAUCACCACUCCAACGCUUCAUCAGAUAUUCAUAUGAACAACUGUGUAAAGUCUACAUCGGCUGACGUAUUACGAGCACAAGCUUCUUGUUCCAAACCAGAUGAUGUAAUUAUAAGGGCUUAG